AUGGACCGACUGGUGAAGCCAGACUUGCAAGAACUCUGCCUGCCCUUCGCCAGAGGCCGAAGAUGCUGUGCAACCUUCAAGUUAACCAACCUGAUGCAUACCAUGUCCGUCGCCGUUUCUCUCACCACCACCAAUCCAUCGCUCUUCAACUUCUCGCAACCUUUCUCCGUCAUCCCACCUCUUUCUACUUCCGCUUUCACUCUUUCCUUGUCUCAUACUCCGACUGGUAUAUAUUCUGACCAGCCUCCCCUCUCUUCACCUCCAGACAGCGUCCUCGUCCGGUCAUCCAUGCUUCCCACGGGGAAGGCCCAUCACGAUGACCUCCGCCAGUUGUUCUCCAAACCGGGCCCCCACAUCUUCAGGGAUGCUGCGCUCCCCGUCUCCUUCGUGGGACCUCAUGUGGUGGAGUCUCUGAUUCUCGCGCCCUCGCCCAAGUCCCUGGAAGUCGCUUUUCUUCUAUCCAAAGCCAUCCUUUGGUGUGACAGAAGGCAGCUCACUUCGCUGCUUCGGUGCUCUGCCAGGCGCGGAAACGCGGACGUGGCAUCCGCCCUGAUUGAAGCCGGUGCAGAUGUUAACGACAGGGACAAAGAGGGGCAAUCCGCCAUGUCCCUGGCCGUCAAGUCUGGAAAUAUUGGUGUUGUCCAGGUCUUGAUUGAGUCAGGUUAUUCAAUGGAGCAUUCAGUUGAUCUGUUUUUACACGAUGCGGCGGCUAUGAACCGCUUGGACAUAUUGGAAAUCUUGUGUCUGGGUUAUUCAGAUAUUGAUAUGAAUUCGACUGACUCCCGGGGGCAAACUGCUCUUCAUUUAGCUGCCCAUCACGGACACCUUGACGUUGUUCGAUUUCUUGUAUCAGAAGGGAGCGAUCCUGAUGUCGUCGAUGGCAAAGGAUGGGCUCCGCUUCAUUAUGCUACACGGAAGCCCACGUCGAAGCCGUCGAAUUCUUGCGAUGAUUUGCAUAGAGCGGCGAGGACGGAAGACGACGUGGAAGCGAUCAAGAAUUGUUUGGGCCAAGGGGCGAAGGUGAAUUCCAGGGAUCAAAAUGGUUGGACUCCCCUGCACAGAGCUGCAUUCAAGGGUCGGAUAGAGAGCGUGAAGGUCCUGAUCAACCAUGGAGCUGAGGUGGAUAAGGUAAAUGAUAUUGGAUACACCCCACUUCACCUGGCGGUCGAGGCCGGUCAUAUGCAGGUUGCAUUGUGCCUCAUGGCCCAUGGGGCUAGAGCUAAUUUGAAAAGUCUCAAAGCAGAGCUUGUUCCCUCAACAACCAUCCUUCUCUUGUAA